GGCAUCGGGGUGGCAUGGGGCACACACACACAUGCAGCAUUGGGGGGGUCACAGGCCCUGGGGCGGGCAGGAGGGGUGUCCUUUGCCCCCUGACCUUUGCCCUGUGGCAGCAGAUCCAGACCCAGGUCACGCCCCACGCCAUCAUCUUCCUGCCCCACACGGAGGGGAUGGAGAUGCUGCUCUGCUACGAGGACGAGGGCGUCUACGUCAACACCUACGGGCGCAUCAUCAAGGACGUGGUGCUGCAGUGGGGGGAGAUGCCCACCUCCGUGGCGUACAUCUGCUCCAAUCAGAUCAUGGGCUGGGGCGAGAAGGCCAUCGAGAUCCGCUCCGUGGAGACGGGGCACCUGGACGGGGUUUUCAUGCACAAGCGGGCCCAGCGCCUCAAGUUCCUGUGCGAGCGCAACGACAAGGUUUUCUUCGCCUCCGUCCGCUCCGGGGGCAGCAGCCAGGUUUACUUCAUGACACUCAACAGAAACUGUAUCAUGAACUGGUAAGGCCCCGCCCCCAGCACUGGCCCCGCCUCUGGAGGGAAGGGGCGGGGCCCCCUCAGACACUGGAUCCCUCUGCCGGAGACUCCGCCCCCACAGCCUGUGAGGAUCAGGACUGACCAAUCAGCAGAACCGAUGCCUUGACCGCCUUCCCCCCCACCUGUGUCUGAUGCUGCUUGGGGGGGCUCUCCAUGGUGACAGUGUGUCCCCCCCCCGACUGACUGCCCCCCACUUCGCUCGCCCCUCCCCUGACUCCGUGGGGACCUGCUCUGUUCAUAGCCUGAGCGCCGGGCGAGGGGUCCCCGUGUCACCAGCCGCCCCGCCCCAGAGGUGGGCGCAUCGCAGCACCGGGCAAGGGGUCCCCGCGUCACCAGCCGCCCCGCCCCAGAUGUGGCCGCGUCUCAGCGCCAGGCGAGGGGUCCCCGUGUCACCAGCCGCCCCGCCCCAGAGGUGGCCGCAUCUCAGCGCCGGGCGAGGGGUCCCAGGCAUGUGUGGGGUGACAGGCAAACUCCCCUGUGAAACACGAGGAGGGAGGUGGCCGGAGGUGGAGGCGGGGGGACCCAGUGCUGUCGCUAUGGGGCGCUGCACUGGCCACAGCCCCUGUCGGGGGCACUCAGAACGGCCAUGGGGCGCAGACCCAUCGCUUUGUGCCAAGUGCGCUUUGCUUAAAGGUGGGGGCGUGGGGCGGGGCCAGGGCCUUUCAUCCACCUGGGUAGGAGCCGCAGUGGUGGUGGGGAACCCCUAAAGCAGCCCCCCGACUGCCUUGUGUGCCCCCAGAACUCCUCCCCCUGGGCCAGGCAGACAGGGGCGAAUGUACAGGGGGGACACAGGGGGGGCCUGGUCCCUCCUGGCUCUGUGUAUAUUUUGCUUUAAUUAUUUUUAUUUUGUAACAAUGAUUCAUUAACAAAGCACUUUAAAGCCCUGACUGCGUCUCAUGGGGGGCUGGGAACGCCCCCCAGGGGUGGAUUUGGGGUAAUUCUCAAACUGACCCAGGAGAGUUGGUCCUAGGGUGGGGACUGGCUGGCUCGGGGGGCAAGGAAUGGGGCAGGGACCUGUCCCCUCUAGGGGGCGCUGGCUCCCACCCGGCCCCAUAGGAGCCCAGCUGCAGCAGCAGUGCAAGGGUUAAACAAUGGGGGGGGCACGGAGCCAGCUGAUUCCCCUCCCUGCCCCCCUGACGCUGCCUGGGGGCCCCCCGAGAGCCAUAUGGAGUGUGCGGGGGGGAGUUAUGGAGUUCAUGGGACCCCCCCCCCAGUAUUCAGUUUCCUCUGUACGUUGCUUGCAUCUGUCUAUCAAACCCCAGACUCCCCCUCCUGCGCCGUGGCCUUGGAAAUUUCAUCUGUUAAUAAAAAACCAAAUUCUAUGA